GUGCUCGAGAAGGAACUUGCUGCCAUCUCCAUGCGACCAGGGGACGAUGUGAAGCCAGUCCUUGACAAGAUCAAGGACACCUAUGCAAGGAUGGCAGCAGCGGGCAGCAGUGUAUCUCAGCUGCAGCAGUGCACCAAGAUCAUCUCGGUGUUGGACAACUCUUGGGACAACCUCAUCCCCACCCUCAACUCUCAGCAAGAUCAAUGGACACCUGAGUGGCUAAGGCAGCAGAUUCUGCAGGAGGACUUCCGUAGACGCCAUGUGGGAGGCGGUGCUGCCACUAAGACUGCUGAGGGCACUACAGGACCAGCCAAGACCCCACUUGCACUUGUGCACAUGGAUGUGGUGGGGCCCACAAGAGCCCCUUCCCUCUCAGGCAACCGCUAUUUCUUGACAAUUGUGGAUGACCACACUCGGGCAGUGUGGGUUUACCCUUUGAAGAGCAAGGGGGAGGUGGCAGCGGCUGUCCUUAAGGAGUGGAUGCCUAGAGCUCAGAGGGAAUGCGGACACAAGGUGAAGGUGAUCCGCAGUGAUAAUGGUGGGGAGUUCAUUGGAGCUGAUUUUGAGGGGGAGUUGAAGAGGAAGGGGAUCCAACAUCAAUUGACAGUGCCCUACAACCCGCAGCAGAAUGGCGUGGCUGAGAGGUUCAACAGGACCCUGCAGGAGGGGGCACGCACUCUCCUUGGGCGCAAGCCGAAUGUGGUGCAGGCUGGGAGUGUGGUUGAGCAGAUUGAGGAAGAUGAGAUUGCAUUGUGCUAUUGGGCUGCAAUGCCUCAGCCUAAGCUGGCCAAGAAUGCUUGUCUGCAUGGGCUGACAAAACACAUAAGGCCUAAGUGGCAUUGGGUAAGGAGACUCCUUGAUAAGGAGGUGCGGCUGGAGAUAGUGAAGACCCAUCAGCAGGCAGCAGAUAUUUUCACUAAGCGUCUGGCGGAGGCGGAUCGUUGGAAGGGCAUGAAGCUUGCUGAGAUGAGUGUGCAUUGAGUAUGCAUGCUUGCGAUGUGAUAUGGUG